CAGACAGACAAUCAUGAUCAUAUUUUUCUGACUGGUUGUCAUUGGUAUUUCUCUGUUUUCUUUUUCUUUCAACUCAGUUCAAUGCAGUGCUGUUUCUUUUCUUGCAAUAAAAACACAAUAAAGUCAAUCAAUAAUACAAGUGAAUUUCAAUUAUUUAAUAUCACGUUUCACAAAAAUAGUCGAAUAAAAAGAAACUAACAAUUCUAAUUGUGUUCCAUCAAGAAAACCCUUAAUAUAGAUUUUAUCCUGAUCUGACUGGAAACCCUGGCGCUCAUAUAAUGUGCAUUUCUGGUUUUGUUCAUGCAUUUAUUAUUUGCAUUUAUUAUUUAUUAUUUAUAUUCGGUUAUUAUAAGACGAGCUUUGAUGAACUCGUCCGAGCACUGUUUUCUUCAUCAUGUGAGGAUGACUCUGAUUGGUCAGUUUUAGGACGGCCGCAGCUGAUGACCAGCGGGCGGGCACGCGCGCGCGCGCCACCUGGACAGAACACAGACAGAGGAAGUAAGAGGAAACUGAUAUUGGCACACUUGUUAAUUUGUGCUCCUAGCAAGCCUACUAUUUCUGGUGGAAAGAAAACUGAUGUGAAUGACCACAGGUGACAGACAUUGCGCGCGCACGAGAGAGCGAAAACUCAAUACGCGCGUAACAGGAAUGUCAAUGAAAAAAGGCUCAGUAGAAAUGGAAACGCAAGAUGCAAAGCUCAGGACUGUGAAGAGAGAAGACUAGCACGUCACCAGCCGACAGACCAGAGCAAAGCAACCCGAGCGCGCGCGCCGGACACCGGGAAAGUUCGUGCGUAAACAGCAGAAGCGUCGCUGCACAUAAAGGGCAUGAAAAGACAUUGUGAAGGACAUUUCUCCUGAUGGAAACAGGCAUGGAGUCUGCUGGUUCGGCUGGGUCUGCUGGGCUGGCUCAGUCAGCCGCACUAAAGUUGUCUGAGAUGGGCGAAAGAAGUAAACAGCUGGGCAGCGCGUUGCGCGACCCGGAGCGGCAGAGACGCGUCAUUCUGGUGAUAGUUUGCGUCGCGCUUCUGCUGGACAACAUGCUUUACAUGGUGAUCGUUCCCAUCAUCCCCGAUUAUCUGACAGAUUUGGAGAACGCGCAAGCUUUGCGCAGCACGCACGCCAACUCUUCCCUGAGCAGAGCCACCCGGGAGAACCUGGACAUCCAGAUCGGGGUGUUGUUCGCGUCCAAGGCCAUCCUGCAGCUCCUGGUCAACCCGUUCACCGGCACCUUCAUCGACCGCGUCGGGUACGACAUCCCGCUGCUGAUCGGACUCCUGGUCAUGUUCGUCUCCACCUGUAUCUUCGCGUUCGCGGAGAACUACUGGACGCUGUUCUGCGCGCGCAGUCUGCAGGGCUUCGGCUCGGCGUUCGCGGACACGUCGGGGAUCGCGAUGAUCGCGGACAAAUACACGGAGGAGGCGGAGAGGAGUCGCGCGCUCGGCAUCGCGCUCGCCUUCAUCUCGUUCGGGAGCCUCGUGGCGCCUCCGUUCGGCGGGAUCCUGUACGAGUUCGCAGGCAAACGGGUCCCGUUCAUGGUUCUGGCCUCCGUGUGCUUGGCGGACAGCGUUCUGGUCUUGACCGUGAUCAAACCUUUCUCUGACAGGACGCGCGAGAACAUGCCGGUCGGGACGCCCAUCCACCGGCUCAUGAUUGACCCGUACAUCGCCGUGGUGGCGGGCGCGCUGACCGUGUGCAACAUCCCGCUGGCGUUCCUGGAGCCCACCAUCUCCCGCUGGAUGGAGAGCACGAUGAACGCCAGUGAGUGGGAGAUGGGGCUCGUCUGGCUGCCCGCGUUCCUGCCGCACGUGCUGGGCGUGUACGUCACUGUCCGGUUAGCCGCGAAGUUCCCGGACCUGCAGUGGUUCUACGGGGCCCUCGGGAUGGUGAUUAUAGGGGCCAGCUCGUGCACUGUCCCCGCAUGCAGGAGCUUCGGCCAGCUGAUGGUCCCGCUUUGCGGAAUCUGCUUCGGCAUCGCGCUGGUGGACACGGCGCUCCUGCCGACGCUCGCGUUCCUGGUGGACGUGCGUCACGUGUCCGUGUACGGGAGCGUGUACGCCAUCGCGGACAUCUCCUACUGCGUCGCGUACGCGCUCGGGCCUGUGGUCGCGGGGCAGAUCGUGCACCACCUGGGCUUCGUGCAGCUGAACCUGGGCAUGGGUCUGGUGAACGUGCUGUACGCGCCCGCGUUGCUGAUGCUGCGCUCCGUGUGCCAGAUGAGGCCGUCGCGCUCCGAGAGCGACGCGCUGCUAGAGGACGCGCCCGCGGGCCUGUACCACACCAUCCGACUGGAGGAGCGCCGACGCGCGCGGAAGGGCCUGUGCGUCACGGCGACCAACGCGCUUCCCGUGGACGAGAACGGGCUCUUCGCGCGCUCCAAAUCCUGCUCGGAGGAAUCAUCCGGACCCGAGUUUACUUAACGAAGCUCACACACACACACACACACACACACACACACACACACACACACACACACACACUAAACUCUCAACUGAACCAUCCUGAUCUCGUGAAAUGCGCAUCUAUAGCACGCAUUGUGUUUAUCGUGUAAUUUAUAAUACGCGACAAUUAGUUUUGCGUGCAUAUGAUGUGUCUGGCGCGCAAUAUUGAGUUAUUUAUCUGACAGAAGUGUUUCUGCUUUCCUCGUCUUUUAUGAUAUAAAGGGUUGUCUCUAAACGCCAGUGUCUCUGUA